UCCAGACCAGGAAGACCAUCUCUGACGCCUUUAAUGCUGCAGCCGAGACUGUCAGAUGGAAUUCCUGGGGUUAGCAUCCAUUUAACCAAUAGUUUGCGUCCCAAGGAGAUGGAGUUAGCGGAUGAAAUCUCCUUCCUAAGCAGUGGUGCGUUCUUCACCAGGUCAGUGUCUCUCCUUUCUGCAUCAUCAGAGGCAAGCUUAGUUUCCAGAUUCGUCUUCAUGGGAGAGUUGUUGUGUUUGUGGGUGCGCGAAGCUGCAGCUUAAGAGCACUGCAGCAGAAUGCCAAGUGCUGUAAGAAAUCUUAAAUGCUCAGCAGCCAGCCAUGGCUCCCUUCAAUUAGACACACUCGUUUUGUUUAUUAUUAAUAGCGAAACGCUCUUUUUGCUUACGUGCAACUCUGCAGGGCUAACAGAACUAUUAGAAAAUCAUGCCAGCAGAUGCGUGUGAUUUUUUUAAUGGUUUUUUGGGGGGGUGGUCCAAGUUAACGAUCUUCAGGAAAAAAAUUAGAACAGUUGGUAACGCACCGAGACCAUGUCUGUGGCAAAUUAGAUUUCGUGAAAUAGAUAAUCAUUCUUCUCAGCAUUUGUAAGAUGAGUAAAUUAAAGGAACGCUUCCGUUUGUUAGAUGCAUUCUUAGUGAAACAAGAUGAUACUGAAACAUGCCCUUACCUUGGCUCUCUUUCAGUACUUGUAAUGUGCGAUUGGGGUGGGGAGAGAAAUAAAACAUAACCUUAAC